AUGAAAGAGCUUUCUGAAUUUAUCCAUUCUCCGGUUUCUGUUAAGACCUACUGCAAUCGCGUGUACACAGGCACCCUUCUGGCGGUGGACAAGUACCUAAACAUAGUUCUGCAAAGCAUCCCAGGCACAGACAACCUGAAGAAAGGGUUUGUCUUUAUAAAAGGGUCGAACGUCCUUCUUUUUACAGUCCAAUAG